AUGAAACUGAGUGUGGGGAUAUUUUUUGGAGGCUUCUUUGCAGCUCUGGGGGUUUUGCUUUUUUUGGUGGCAUUUGGAACUGAUUAUUGGCUUCUUGCUACAGAAAUAGGAAGGUGUUCGAAAGUGCCCGAAGAUGCUGGGGGAGAGAAAGCCACUUUCCAUCAUGAAGGUUUCUUCUGGAGGUGCUGGUUCAGUGGAAACGUAGGAGAGAAUAAUGCUAGCAUGUGGAAUUUCUGGUACACUAACCAGUCACCUUCUAAGAACUGUACACAUGCUUACCUGUCACCAUUUCCCCUUAUCCGAGAUGAACACAAUUCAACCUCCUAUGACUCUGCAAUCAUUUAUCGAGGUUUCUGGACAGUUCUUAUGCUCCUGGGAGUGCUCAGUGUUGUGAUGGCUAGUUUCUUCAUCAUCUGUGCAGCUCCUUUUGCCAGCCACAUUCUGUACAAAGCAGGAGGAGGCUUCUUCAUCAUUGCUGGUGUCUUGUUUUCGCUGGUAGUCGUGAUGUAUGUCAUCUGGGUCCAGGCGAUGGCGGAUCUGGAAAACUACACAAACAUGAAAAAAAUGGAUUGCCCAGACUUUGCUGUUUACGUACGAUAUGGCUGGUCUUUUAUGCUGGCACUCAGACUAGUCAUGCACUGCCGAAGGGAAUACAGGAAUCCUAGUGAAACUUCAUGA